UCCUCCCAUACUAUAUAGCAAUGGCUCCAUCCAAGAUGUUUUAUCUUGGGUGCUUAGUUUUGGUGUUGGCCAUCGCGGUAGAGGCAGCAAGUACUCCUCCAGGAAUCGCUAAAAAUCCUUCAAGAGCAUCAUGUAACAAAAAAGAGUACAAGAUGUGCUAUAACCUAGAGCAUGUUUGCCCUAAAUUUUGUCCUGAUAGUUGUGAAGUUGAUUGUGCUUCUUGCAAGCCUAUUUGUUCUUCUACUCCAUCAAGUGAUGAACAUAAAUCAUCUUCAGGAUCAUCAUCUUCUUCUUCGUCUUCGUCUUCAUCCUCCUCCUCAUCAUCAUCUGCAUCUUCGGCUGCAGCGGCUGCUGCUGCAGCAGCUGCCGCUGCUGCAUCAUCAUCAGCUUCCUCUGCUGCCUCAUCUGCCGCCGAAGGAUCCUCUUCAUCAGGAGGAUCACCACAAAACUCUCAUCAUUCGUCAUCCUCUCACAAUUCAUCAUCAACCCCAUCAAACUAUUACCCAACACCUUCAACACCAUCUCCUAAGCCAUCAACUCCAACAAAACCAUCUCCUUCUACCCCUAAUACUCCAACUACUCCUUCAACACCUUCUUCUCCUCCUACUUCUAAUGUUGACUCUAGAAAGAGAGCUAAGUGCAGAAACAAAAACUAUGGACAAUGUUAUAAUCAAGUACACGUCUGCCCAGCUAACUGCCCUACUUCAUGUCAAGUUGACUGUGUCACUUGCAAGCCUGUUUGCAAUUGUGAUUAUCCAGGAGCAGUAUGUCAAGACCCUCGAUUCAUAGGAGGAGAUGGUAUCACCUUCUACUUCCACGGCAAGAAGGAUCAACAAUUUUGCCUUGUGAGCGACCCCAACCUCCACAUCAACGCACACUUCAUAGGAAAAAGAAAUGAAAACAUGGGUCGCGAUUUUACUUGGGUUCAAUCCAUUGGAAUCUUGUUCGACAACCACCGUCUCUUCUUAGGUGCUAGGAAAACCUCUACAUGGGACGAUGCCAAUGACCGCCUUUCAUUAGCCUUCGAUGGAGAGCCAAUAUUCCUAGAAGAAACUCUAGGGUCUCAAUGGUCAUCCACCUCUAUGCCACAAGUUACCAUAACUAGGGCAAGCGAAACCAAUGAUAUUGUAGUCGAAAUCCAAGGUAAACUCAAGAUCACGGCUAAGGUUGUACCUAUUACUGAUGAAGAGUCUAGGGUACACAACUACGGUAUUACUAACGAGGAUCGAUUUGCUCAUCUUGAUCUCGGGUUUAAGUUUUACUCUUUGACCGGAAAGGUUGAUGGUGUUCUAGGAAAAACUUAUAGGGAUGAUUACGUGAGCCGAGUGAAUAUGAGAGCAUCCAUGCCGGUUAUGGGAGGCGAAAGAGAGUUUGCAAGCAGUAGCAUUUUUGCCACGGAUUGUUUGGCUUCGAGGUUCGUUGGUAGUCAAGAAGAGACUUCAUUAGAGACCAUGGAUCUUGCUAGCAUGAAUUGUGCUAGUGGGAUGAAUGGACGUGGUGUAGUUUGCAAGAGGUAAUUAACUCAAAAAAUAUCCAUUUGAUGAAUAUUUAUAAGUAAAGCUUUUAUUUACUUAUACAAAUUAAUAAAAUUUAUACAUAAGGUUGAAAGCCUUAAAGAUUAUUCAAAUUUUUUUGUGUAAUUUUGUAUUAUUUGUAAUAAGAAUCUUCAAGUUGCAUUGUAAGAUGACUAUACAAGUAUAA